UGAUGAUGAUGAUGAUGAUGAUGAUGAUGAUGGGUUGCCGCGGUGAUAAAGGAGUCUGGUCAAACAUUGAUAAGUCCUUGUCUCACUGAUCCUCCAUCACCAUGAUCCUCCAGCUCUGAGCAGCUCCUCCGGGUGACUGCGGGCCGCCGGGCGUGUCUCCUCUCGGCUGGAUGGGGAUUCCGGUUUUUCCAGUCGGUCUCACCUGUUUUAAACCGCAGCAGAUCUGAGACCCGCUUCAGUCCGAGUAGCAGCAGCAGCAGCAGCAGCAGCAGCAUCAUCAGGAUGGCCUCCAACACUGCCAUCAUGGGGAACCUCCCCAGUGGGAUCGGAAUAUGUGCGACCAUCCCCGACAUCCUCUACCUGCCCGAACUGGUGUUCGGAGGUCUGGUCUGGAUCCUGGUGGCGUGCACGUUAGUGGUGCCGCAUAACCCUCAGGGCUGGGUGAUGUUCGUCUCCGUCUUCUGCUUCACCAUGACUUUUAUCUGGUUGGUGGUGUUCGCCUGCGGGGGGCAUCGCAACAGAGGCAUCUGGGCUGCAGCAGACUUCGCCUAUCACGGCAUCGCGGCCUUCUUCUACCUCAGUGCUUCAGUGGCUUUGGCCAAAGUGACCCUGGACAUGAACGACGGGAACUUAACCCAGAACUACAAGCUGGACAUCUCUGCAGUGGUUUUCUCGUACGUGGCGACGCUCCUCUACUUCAUCCACACCAUCCUGUCCGCCAUCCGAUGGAAAUCUUUCUAGAGGUUUUCUAAACCAGAACUGAUUUAUAUCCUUUAAAGCUUGUACAUAAAGCUGCAGCACGCUGACAUGAAAAGGGAAGGCUGGCGGUGAUGGAGACUCGCUGCUGAGGUUUUGUUUUGUUUUUACCUCUCUGCUGGGAGAGGAAGCUGUGAAGCAACAUCUGGAUCACCACAGCGUCUCUCAGCGUCCGGCUGUCUGGAGCAGGAGAGGUUUCAGUGAUGAAGAUGAGUCACUGCCGACCAGCCGAGCCCUGGAUCCAAAGCCACUCAUAAGCAUUUAUUCCAGAUGUUGCACCAACCUGUUAGCAGGUUCAACUGCAGCCUUAAAAAUAGUUGAAUCUACAGAGAUAGUCACAAAAAAGUAAUUUAAAAAUAUUAAUCUCAUUUAAACUGCUUUUUACUACUCAGAUGUUUCUGGGUGUUCUUAUUAUUUUGUCCACUCACGCACACUCUGCCUAUCUCUCUCUACUUUGAGCCUCUAUGGUGUCCCUUUUGUUAUGUUUUUCAUUUAGUUCAAAAGUGUAGUUUGACAUUCUUCUUCUUUUGCUCUCAUCUCAUGAA